CACUGAAGGAAAUGAAGAUACUGAAAGAAAUACAGAUACUGAAGGAAAUGAAGAUAACAAAAGAAAUUACGCUAAAGGAAACAAAGAUACUGAAGGAAACAAAGAUACUGAAGAAAACAAAGAUACUGAAGAGAAUAAAAAUACUGAAGAGAAUGAAGAUGCUGAAGAGAAUAAAGAUACUGAAGGGAAC